AAUUUAUUUUAUAAAAAUAAUUUUUUGCUGCGUAAAAUAAUGAAGAGGAUUACAAAAUUUAAUUAAAUUUGAAUCUAUACUUUAAUGUUCUUAAUAUUAUUUAUUUCUUCGAAUAAUGCUAACGUGUACGUACAAUAAAAUAAAAAUUCGAUUGCAUGAGUCAAUAUUACCUUAAUAUGGAUGCACUUGCUUAUACAUUAGCAUGCAAUCCAAUUGAGAAUGGUGCUUUGAUUGAUGUUAAUCAGCAUAGUCGUGAAUUACAUAAUGCACUAGUUGCAACAAUUAAUAAUAAUGCAGUAGCCGCUGUACAACAACAGCAACAACAACAAGUACAGCAACAAACACAACAACAACAGCAGCAACAACAACAACAAUCACAACAACAAAAACAACAACAACAGCAGCAGCAGCAACAACAACAGCAACAAAAUCAAAAUAGUGGAACUGGAGGUGGAGGUGGCACCGUAAAUGUUGGUAUAGUAAAUACAAAUGGUGUUGUUGCAACAACAGGACAAUUAAAUGGUAAAGCAAAUUCAUUAUCAGGAUCAUCGGGUCGUUCAACACCAAAUAAUAUUGAUGCACCUGGAAAACUUUUUGUUGGUGGCUUAAGUUGGCAAACAUCAGCCGAAAAAUUAAAAGAAUAUUUCAAUUUAUUUGGCACAGUAACAGAUGUUUUAAUAAUGAAGGAUCCAGUAACACAGAGAAGCCGCGGUUUUGGUUUUAUAACAUUUCAAGAGCCUAACAGUGUUGAUAAAGUAUUGAAAAUUCCGGUACAUACAUUAGAUGGAAAAAAGAUUGAUCCGAAACAUGCAACACCGAAAAAUCGACCAAAACCGGCUAAUAAAACCAAAAAAAUUUUUGUUGGCGGUGUUAGUCAAGAUACAUCAGCUGAAGAAGUCAAAGCAUAUUUUGGACAAUUUGGUAAAGUUGAAGAAACUGUAAUGUUAAUGGACACACAAACGAAACGUCAUCGUGGUUUUGGUUUUGUUACAUUUGAGAAUGAAGAUAUUGUAGAUCGUGUAUGCGAAAUACAUUUUCAUACAAUAAAAAACAAAAAAGUUGAAUGCAAGAAAGCUCAACCUAAAGAAGCUGUAACACCAACAGCACAACUCCUACAGAAACGUUUAAUGUUGGGUAGUUUAGCAGCUGGUGUACGCAUGACAACACCAGGACAAUUGAUUGGUACUCCAGGUACAGUAACAACAAUAAACCCUUUGUUAGCAUCUCAAUUUCAAGCACAGCAAGCAGCAACUGCAGUAUUACCACAUCCAUAUUCUAAUGCUGCAGCUGCAGCCGCAGCCGCUGCCCAACAAUCAGCUUUAUUUCAAUCAACAACACCAUUUCAAAUACAAAAUCCAAAUGCUGCAGCCGCUGCUGCAGCUGCAACUCCAAGUUACAGCAAAUUAUUAACAUAUCCACCAGCAGCAACAUUGCAUAACGUUAGGUACACACCAUAUCCACUUCCAACAAGUGCAGCAGCCGCAGCAGCAGCAGCUGCUGCCGCAGCAAAUCAAGCUAAUCAACAACAUCAACACCAACAACAAGCUGCUGCUGCUGCCGCUGCUGGACUAGCAGCCGCAAUGCCACAAACAGCUGCUCAAACUGCUGCUCAAGUAACUGGUCAACAACAAGCAAAUGCUGCUGCAAAUCAUCCUUCAGGAAUCGCUGUACAACAAGCGGCAACAUUAGCAGCCGGUGCAGGUGCUCCAGUUGGUACAAAUCCAUAUCAAAGUUAUGCUUUAGCAAAUGUAGAUAUGUCUAGUUUCCAGGGUGUUGAUUGGACAUCCGUAUAUCCAAUGGGAAUGUAUGUUGGGUAAACAUAUUUAUAAAAUGUUCUAGUUUGUAUGUAAAUAUCAAAGUAUAUAUUCAUAAAAAUAUAAAUUAAUUUGUAUUUUUUAAGUUAAAAUUAUAAAGUUAAAAAAAAACCAAAAAAAAAAAAAUUUAUAGUUUAAGUAAAAUUUAAAUACAUAGGCAAAAGAAUAGAGAAUAAAAUAUUUUCGAAAUCACUGAAGUUCAUAACUCUUCAUAAAAUUAAUUUAAAAAUUAUUAAAUAGAAAAGAAAUAUAAAUAAAAUAAUUACAUAAUGUAUAAAAAUUGAAAGUUUGACAGGAAUUCUUCAGUACUUACAUAAAAAAUAAAUUUACUUUCAUUUGUUUUAUAAUAAUUUUCCUUCCAACCAAUUUUUUUAAUUGAAAAUGUCUCGAAUUAUUUACAAAGAUCUUUUAAAUAGUACUUAAAUCGUGAUAAUUAAUAUACGAAUAACAUUUUCAAAUAUAUUGUUUGAAUUUCGAACUUAAUGCAUAAUUCAAGAAGUAUUAUUAUUGUUUUUCCGUAAUCAACACAAAAAAAUAUUACUUGUUCUAUAAAAUAGUCAAUUACAAAAAAAAAACUCAAAUUUAAAGCUAAUUGUUGUUUAAUGUUAAUAUAAAAAUUUCGCUAAUUCAGUUUUAAAAAUGGAAUACUAAAAUCCAAAAAAAGAAUUACUAUGGAAGUGAAAAUUUUUGAAGAACAAAACCAAAAAAACCAAACACAGAAAAGAAUAAAAAACAGUAAAAAGGACUUUAAAAAAAAUUAUAUAUUCAAACAAUAAGAUAAUUAGCUAAAAAUAAGUUUAGACCACCGAUUGUGAUGCGAAUGAAAAUUAAGAAAAAAAAUAAAUAAAAAACUUAAUCUAAAAUAUUUAAAAACAAAAAAUGGUUCAGUUGUCGUUAAAAAUAUAAUAAUUAUAAAAUUAAUUAUAAAAGUUUUAAAAUUUUUUUUUUUAAUAUUAAGAUAUAAAUUAAAAUAAAGAAAAAAAAAGACGUUCAAUCGUUAAUGUAAAGUAAUACUACUUGAUAAUAAUUAGUUCAUAAACUAUUAUUAGUUAUAACAAAUAUUAGUUUAUAUAACAAAAUCAUAUACAUUAUUAAAUUACACAAUACAAAAUAUAAAAAACAUGCCAUCAGACUGACUGUAAAAAAGUAUAAUUCUUGAUAUACACAUAUAUCACUAUAAUAAUAAUAGAAAUACGUAUAUAUUAUAAAAGAAAAUAUAUAAGAAAUAUUUCAUUGUAUCAAUAAUUUUGCAUAAAGUAAAUAAUAAAUUAAUGAAGAAUAACAAAACUGAAUGAAAAUUUCU